AAACCUUUCGACGAGCAUCCACCCCGUCCACACCCUUCCGCCCCUCCCUUCCCGGCAUCCGCUCGUUCUCCAAGCUCCAAGCUUCGCUCACAGAAAGCAGCACAAGCCAAAAAAGAUGAUGAGAACAAGCGCAUCCCCCGCCCUCCGGUUCGCCCUCCGCACCCGCGGCGCAGGCCAGAAACGGCUCGCGUCCACGAGCACCAGCGAGGCAGCGCAGGCGGCGCAGAAGCGCGCGCAGGAGGCCGCGAGCAAUGCGCAGAAGCAGGCCGAACGCCUCUGGGAGGCGUCCAAGACGUACCUCGGCCCGCUGGGCGAGAGAGUCGGGAACCUGCUGGGCGCCUACCGCCAGCCGAUCGUGUACAACUUCCAGGUCGCGCGCGAGCUCCUCAAGCAGGUCUACGUCCGCGAGGGCCUCGCUCCGCCCACGUCCGUGUCCGCGUUCACCUCCGCCUACUCGGAGCUCUUCGCGCGCGCGCGCUCGCCCGCGUACUGGCGCGGCAUCCUCGGCUCGGGCGAGUGGGCCCGCGUCGGCGUGUAUGCUGUCGAGGCGUACGGGAUCUUCAAGAUUGGAGAGAUUAUCGGACGGAGAAGUCUCGUUGGGUACAAGCUGCGGGACAACUAGAGGCGCUUCUGUCAUAUCCUUUCUACUAUUUCCCACUACACUACCGCUUGCCCCGCAAUGAGCAUGUCAUCUAGAGUCAUAUGCGCAUGCAUCCUUAGACUUAGUAUCGCACAUUAACACCGUUUCUGCAAAAUGCCGUAGGUCCCGC